AUGGAUCUGAUUUACAGAGGAAUUGGUGUACCAAAUACACCGAGGGAGCUUAUGAUUGAUCUUCUAGGCGCCGGAGAAAUAGAUGUUCGUACGGCAUUUGGUUGGAUUUCCACUGGUGCGCGAGAAUUUGGUAUUGGGCAAGGGUCUAUCUUGUCGAUCCUCCAUAUAGCCUGCUACAUGGAUUGUCUACAGAAUCAACUCGAGAAGUGCCCCGAUCCGGUUCACAUCACCCAUCACCAUGAGGGGAGCGGCAUCGAUAUUAGCAGCACAUUGUUCGUUGACGAUCAGCUAGACGUAACAACCUCGCAUCGAGGUAUUCAGGCACGCAGUGCAGUGACGAAUGUUUUCACGGGUAAGAUGGGUACGGGAGGCGUGUUCGGUGCAGCCAAGUCCUUUAUGAUGUACUUAGCCCCCAUGAAUACGCACUACGAUGCGGUGGAGCUCAAUGAUGGCUACAGCGUACCCCGACCAGUCCCAGUAGUUGCGCCGGACGAAGGCUUUAAACACCUAGGUAUUUACCAAGGUGGAGGAAACCUGUGGGAAGCCACUAUUUCGCCGGUAUGGGUACGAUUGACGGACGAAGCAGCGCGACUACAGCGCUUGCAGAUAUCGCUGGAACAGUUUCGCUAUAUUGUUAACAGUGUGUGGAUUCCACGACUGCGGUAUCGGAUGGUACUCGGAGGAGCAAUAUCUGUAGCAGGUAUGGUUGAUACGUUUAUUCGGCAUGUUGCUCGAAGCGUACUUCGGCUUCCGUUUUCAACCCCCCGAUACGUCUACUAUGACAAACUGAAUGGGAUCGGGCUUGCGAACUGUGAACGUGAGGCGAAUGUGCAUCGGCUACAGGAAGCCCUGCGAAUCUUGAAUACUCCGAGCCUGCCUAGACUGGAGGCCUAUCAGAGCAAUGCAGGCCUCACGGAAAAUCAAUUGAGCGUUCCUAUCUCCCCGCCGGCUCAUAUUCGAACGUGGGAGGCACAAAUUAUACGGUUCGCAUCCAAACUCAAGCCGCCACUUCGCUGUGCAGUUCGAUGGACUCCACCACCAGCCACAAUGUCUGCACGUGCCAAUGAUCGACCUCUGCUCACUAUUACCCCACCGUCUCUCAGCAAAAUCCUCAUAGCCGUUAACUGGAAUUCAAACUACAAACUACGCUACGUCGGAGACAUCUCUGGAGGAGAAAGGUCAUUGGAGUCGUGCGAAGCAGCUUAA